AUGAUAUUGCAUCAAUGACCAAUGACCAAUGCGUCUUUGUCCUCAUUACACAAAUGACUUUAUAAUCAUGGUUUAUCUUUAACAAUCCCUAAAGACUUAGCUGCCAUUAUAUAGCUAUAUCAGUUAAGAAUACAGCUACACUCUUGAUUGUUACCCUUGGUUUAGGAAUGUUGGGUAUGGGUCACAUGGAUAAUUUAGAUAAUGGUGGGAAAUGUUCAUUCUCUACUCAGAGCUCUGGUUGGGCAUCUCAGGUGCUCAUCCCUAAAAGCUUUUUAUUUAUUUUAUAUUAUUAAUUGGUUUUAUUGCUGAAUAAAAUGAAUUAAUUAUCCAGUUUCUGAUUAUUUAGGGAG